CAAUUCUUCAACAAGCAAGUUACUCAUUCAUGGAGUCCAUCAAGCUCUCCCUUCUCCUCCUCUUCUUUUGCACCGUCACAUUCUUUGCAGUGGCUAAAGAUUUCUCCAUAGUCGGCUACUCACCGGAGGACCUUGCAUCCGAAGAAACACUGAUGUACCUCUUCGAAAACUGGAUGGCUAAACACAGUAAGUCUUACGCAAGCUUCCAAGAGAAGCUGAGGAAGUUUGGGAUCUUCAAGGAUAACUUGAAGCACAUCGACGAGACAAACACAGAGAGGAAGAGCUACUGGCUUGGGUUGAAUGAGUUUGCCGACAUGAGCCAUGAGGAGUUCGAGCACAGGUAUCUCGGACUGAACACUGACCUGCCAAAGAUAAAGGAUGUCAGAUUCAAGGCCCGAGAGACCUUCAUGUAUGAGAAGGCUGCAAAUUUACCCAGGUCGGUGGACUGGAGGAAGAAAGGAGCAGUCACUCCUGUUAAGAACCAAGGCGGCUGUGGAAGCUGCUGGGCGUUCUCGACGGUGGCAGCGGUGGAGGGCAUAAGCCAGAUCGUGACAGGGAACUUGACAUCGUUGUCGGAGCAGGAACUCAUCGACUGUGAUACCACAUUCAACCAUGGGUGCAAGGGGGGAUUGAUGGAUUAUGCUUUUGCCUUCAUCAUCGCCAGCGGAGGUCUCCGUACCGAGGAAGACUAUCCUUACCUCAUGGAGGAGGGCACCUGUGAGGAGAAGAGGGGUGGACUCGAACUAGUAGUGACCAUCAGCGGCUACGAAGAUGUGCCACGGAACAGCGAGGAGAGCUUCCUGAAAACACUGGCCCAUCAGCCGGUGAGUGUUGCCGUAGAGGCCUCCGGAAGAGACUUCCAGUUUUACAGGGGGGGAAUUUUCGACGGACCUUGUGGGACCCAGCUAGAUCAUGGUGUGGCAGCUGUGGGGUAUGGGACAUCCAAGGGCCAGGAUUACAUUAUGGUGAAGAACUCAUGGGGCCCCAGCUGGGGAGAAAAGGGGUACAUCAGAAUGAAGAGAAACACCGGAAAGCGCGAAGGUCAAUGCGGGAUUUACAAGAUGGCUUCGUAUCCUACCAAAAAGAGGUGAUCCACCGCGGAGGCUUACCACCAUAUGAAAUUAAAGUUGAUCCACGUCCAUCGUUGCCGUCCUAUUCGAUUCCAGGAGUCUAUUUAAAUGGGAAGGAAAAUGCAUAUUAGCAUCCGAGACACGUUUGUUCCGUCCAACGUGAAUCCUCCUCAAAGUGGAUGAUCUCUAAUAAAUAAAACAAAACUUGGAAAUGAAA